GCGUUGAAAGAUUGGGAAAGCAAGGGUCAGAAAACAUUUGAUCAAAUUAGAGAAUAUAUAAAUCAUUAUGUGCGUAUAGGGUGUGAAAGACUAAUGAUAGAGUUGAAUGCAUUAGUUGGAUGUAGUAAAUGGCCUCAAAAGUUUCAAAAGCUCGGACUCGAUGAAUCAUUUAUUCAUUCUUGUGUAAUCUUAGCUGGAUGUAUAAUUUCGCGUUUGGAGAAAUUAAAUUCGGUCAUCGAUGAGGAAUACAUAAAUUUUCUAGAGUUUCAUCAAUGGCUUCAAUUUGAAUUUGAUAAUAUGACAUCUCUUGAACAAAACACUAAUCCUGAAGCUUCACCUCGAGUGGAUGUUCACAAAGUCUCCUCAUAUAUAAAAAAUUCACUUGGCAAAGAUUUCUUAAAUAAUUUGGAAAAGUUUUUCGUGGAUGACCGACAAUCUUCAACAAUAUCACUACCUACAUUUGAAUUUCCGUUUUCAUCAUAUAACUCUUUAGAUAAUUGUAACCUUUUUCAAUAUAACUCAUCACAAAGUAACGGGUUGUCAGCAUAUCCAUAUGAUUAUCUUUCUUCUAACAGUGCAUUUCAACACGCACCAAGUUUUGAAUCUUUUGUUAACGAAUUGAUUAACCGAUGUGAUACCUUAUCUUCUGCAACAGCUGAUAAUGUUGCAAAAUCUGUUAAGGCACAUGAACUCAUGGACAUAGUCGAGGGCACUAAUUGUUGUAUUGAUAACGUAUUUUUGGCAGAUAUGAGAAUUGUAGCUGAGGAUUCGGGGACAAACGCAUAUGUAAUCUUUUAUUUAUCACAAGAUCGUAAUGUUUCUCCAACAUUGUGGGUCCUCCGAUUUCCUUUGUACGCGAAUACUUUCAAAAGUCAUACACCACCUUCAAAAUUUACUGAUAACUCCUUUAGAAAUAAAAAUGGUGAGAUUGCCUGUAUCCAGUUAGUGAAUAAUGAACAUCCUGAAGAAUACUUGUCGAUUACCGAUUUAAACCUUUAUGAUGAUGAAAGAUUAUACAUGAUUGUAAUUGGAUCAGAAAACGAUGAGCCAAUUUUCUUGACAGAAGUAAAAUAUACAGAGUUAAACUUCAUAUCAAUCCCAGAGCCAUAUGACUUACAAUCUACAAAUGAAUUCAAGUUGCCGAAUGUCAUUAACCAAGUGUGGGACCGAAUGAGCGAUGGAAAUUUUACACCACUUUUAGCUCAACGAUUCCGUGAUCUCACUCAUUUUAAACCAUUACAAUUAACUACAAACGGGGCAAGAGGGUUAAUUGGUGCUCUUAUGUAUAAUUUAGAUAAGGAAUGUGCUUUAUAA